AUGAGAAGGAUUUUCCUUCUAAGGGCCUUUUCUGACUUUCCGCGCUCAGUCAACAUCUUUGUGCUAUCAGAUACGACGGCAUCUGGAGUUUCUUAUGUCGGUCUAUCUGCAGGCUUGCCAGGGUCGGACAUAAGUCCACAAUUGGCCAUUGUCUUCAUAUCCUGGGACGAGUUCUUGCGGGGAACUCCCGAAACAUACCACAGUGGCUCUCAGGCCCUCCUGCACGAGGUCCUCCAUUUCCUCGGACUAUAUCAUACCUUUCAGAAACCAACGACAUACAAUGCACCAAAAUGCACGGACGGCGACUAUGUGGACGACACCCCUACUGUUAGCACAGUGCGGCACUUGAAUGGCGGACGACUAACAGUAGUCGUGUUACCCGCCGGCGCCUAUGGACUUCCGCAACAGUGCGGCACUUGA